AUGUAUGCACACUAUACGAGGAAACACUAUCCCAGGAAAAUUCCUAUUGCUAUCGAGGACAAAGUCAAGGCAGAGCUAAAUCGCAUGACUGAACUGGGUGUUGUGGUCAAGCAAGAAGAACCUACCGACUGGGCGAACUCGAUGGUCACUGUCAUUAAACCGAAUGGCAAAAUCAGAAUUUGCAUCGACCCAAGAGAACUGAACAAGGCAAUCCUUCUUGAACACUAUCCACUGAAAACUGUGGAGGAAGUUAUAUCACAGAUGCCAAACGCAAAAAAAGUAUUUUCGAAACUCAACGCUACUAGUGGAUUCUGGCAGCUGAGACUGGAUGAAAAUAGCUCAAAAUUAUGUACAUUUAACACUUCCUUUGGCAGAUAUAGAUUUACACGUUUACCUUAUGGAAUCAAGUCUGCGCCAGAAGUUUUUCAGAAAGUAAUCUCGAAAAUGGUUUCUAAUAUUGACGGAGCAGAAGCAAUCAUUGAUGACAUUCUGGCGUGGGGAACCAAUCAAUAA